AUGGAAUUUAUAACUCAUCUUGGUACGUUUAAGAUAGUGAAAAUGAUCGUGCUCUCGAAUAUAUUUCGCGGAAAUCAUCCGCAACAACAAAUAACGAGUGAACUAUCAGAGAAAAGCGUUAGAGAAAGACCCUCGAGUUUAGUGUCGCAAGGUUCGCUAACAUUGAAACAACGGACAAAAACCCACGACAAUAUUAAAGAAAUUCUAGAUAAUGAAGACGAUGCAAAAAUAAUAGUUAGUGAGAAAAGACUCUCGAACAGUGUGGAUGCCAUAGUUACACACGGUGAUGCCAAAAGUAAAGUGAUAUGUAGUGCCAAAGGUUUAUUAGAAACAAAUUUAGAUGAUAUAUUUAAUGAUGUACAGAAGCUUGAUGGAUGGACUGUUGAACCAAAGAGUUUAGGUGCAAGCGAACCUAUUUUAAGUUUUAAUGAACGUAAUACAAAAACUAUUAAUAAGCGUGAAUCUCUCGUGUCUGAGAACGACAGUGAAGGUGAUACGGCGACAGAUAGUGAUUGUAUGGAUGAUGCCGCUCGCGAGCAAAGGAAGUGUAUGGGCGCGAGGCGGUUUGGACACAUGCUGAGGAGAGUUUUAUCUCGCAAUGGUGAGUUCGCAAUUGACUUCACAUUUACACGACAU